UUGAUUGUGAUGACAAAAUGGAUGCAUGUUCCAUAAAAUCAAUAAAUAGAUUUUCAUCAUAAAUACAGAUAGAAUUAUUUGGCUGAUAGUGAUUUUCACUAUAAAAAGUUCCGAUUUGGUAUCUUAAGUAGUGAAUAGUUAUUCGUGAUUUGUUCCCAUAAAAUAGUCGGUUGUUGGAGAAUUCAGGUAUUGAAAAUAAAAUGAGAGGGCGGCCAGGGAGACGUUCAAGGAGUCGUGAUAGAGGUCGAAGAUCUAGGAGUAGAGAUAGACCUUUCCGGGGAGAGAUGAGAGGUGGUAGGAGAAACCAAGCUGGGGCUAGUUUAAGAAAGCCUAGAUGGGAUUUGAGCCGAUUGGAACCCUUCAAAAAAGAUUUUUACACCCCACAUUCAAAUGUAAUCAAUCGGUCUAUAGAUGAGGUGGAAGAAUGGAGGAGGCAAAAGGAAAUAUCCUUGAAAGGAAGGGAUAUUCCAUCUCCAGUUCUUACAUUUGAGGAAGUAUAUUUUCCAGAAUGUGUCAUGUCGGGUAUAAAGAAAAUGGGAUUCAAGGUUCCUACAGCGAUUCAAGCUCAAGGAUGGCCAAUUGCUUUAUCUGGCAGAGAUAUGGUUGGUAUAGCAUCCACGGGAUCUGGUAAAACACUUUCGUAUAUCCUACCUGCCAUAGUUCAUAUCAGUAACCAGCCUCGCCUGCAAAGGAAUGAUGGUCCUAUUGUGUUAGUUCUCGCUCCUACCAGAGAAUUAGCUCAACAAAUUCAACAGGUAGCAAAUGAUUUUGGUCAUACGUCCAAAAUCCGAAAUACUUGUAUAUUCGGUGGAGCCCCUAAAGGUCCUCAAGCAAAUGAUCUAAUGGAUGGUGUAGAGAUAGUAAUCGCUACACCUGGUCGUCUUAUUGAUUUUCUCGAGAGUAAUCGCACAAAUCUGCGCAGGUGUACGUAUUUAGUGUUAGAUGAGGCCGAUCGUAUGUUGGACAUGGGGUUCGAACCUCAAAUAAGAAAAAUAAUAGAACAGAUAAGACCCGAUCGGCAGACUCUCAUGUGGUCGGCUACUUGGCCGAAAGAAGUCCAAGCCCUGGCUUCCGAAUUCUUGAAAGAUUAUAUUCAGAUAAACGUGGGAUCCCUGCAGCUGUCAGCUAAUCAUAACAUUCUCCAAAUCAUCGACGUCUGUCAGGAAUACGAGAAAGAAGGAAAAUUGAGCACCUUGCUGAAGGAAAUAAUGGCCGAGAAAGAAAAUAAAACGAUUAUUUUCAUUGAGACUAAAAGGAGAGUUGAUGAGAUAACUAGAAAAAUGAGGAGGGAUGGAUGGCCAGCUGUGUGUAUACAUGGGGAUAAAUCGCAACAAGAAAGGGAUUGGGUGUUACAAGAUUUUAGAUCUGGAAAAGCCCCAGUUCUGGUAGCAACAGAUGUGGCAGCACGUGGUUUAGAUGUCGAAGACGUUAAAUUCGUUAUAAACUUCGAUUACCCGUCCAAUUCCGAAGACUACGUGCAUCGUAUCGGUAGAACGGGGAGGUCGCAAAAGACCGGUACGGCCUACACCUUCUUCACGCCGAGCAACUCCAACAAGGCUGCCGAUCUUGUGGCCGUGCUCAAGGAGGCGAAACAGGUGAUCAACCCCAAACUGCUGGAGAUGGCCGACAAGUGUUGGAACGGCAACGGAAACGGAAGAGGUAUGGGAGGAAGGAAACCGUGGGGUCGAGGUAGGGGAGGAGGUCGUGGCAGAUCGCGUUCUCGCUCCCCCGUCAGAUCCCGAUCCAGAUCUCCUCGCCGAAACGCCAGAAGAGAACGAAGUCGGUCCAGAGAUAGAAGCAGGUCUCGCGAUCGAAGUCGUUCCAGGGACAGAAGAAGGAGACACUCACCCAGUUACUCGCCCUCCCCUCAACGCUCCACGAUACUGUCGAAGGAGAAAAGUCCCCCAAAACCGUUGAUGUCACUGAUGAACAAACCCCCUCCGAACAUCUCAUCGGUACCUCCGCCACAGCCGCUCUCGCUUCCGUCCACCAGGGUUCCCCCGCCCCAAGGACCGCCUGCGCAGACGAGGAUGCCCCCUCAAGGACCCCCGAGGAGCAGCUUGAUGCAGGGUCAUCUGCCGCCGGGCCAAAAUCAAGUGGCUUCGUUGCAGGCCAGACCGCCGCACCCACCUCUACCCACGCAUUCGACGAUGCCACCGAUGAACACGCAAGUUCCGCCGCCGCAGACGCGGGGGCCGCCACCACCGCAAACGCAGCUACCCCCUCCUAGAGUUCCUCCGCCCAUGAUUCAGGCUCCGCCCAUUCAUCAAGCUCCGCCCCCACCGCCACCGUCGACUUCUCAAGUUCAACAACCAGCUCAUCCCCCCAAACCGAUGAUGUCUUAUCAGUCGUUACCCCCGGCUGGUUAUGGUGGAUAUCCGUUUCCGAAUGGAGCCUUAAUUUUCAAUUCACCACCCCCUCCGCCCCCGAGUCAAGGGGUGAACAUGUAUUUUCCCUAUGCACCCCCGCCUCCAACAAGAUAAUCUAAUCGUACUAACUUUGAAGUAAUAGAUAUUUAUAAUUCUUUCGAUAAGUUAUAUAUUAAUGUAGAAGUGAAUAAGUUUGACUAGAGAAAUUAUGUUUUUUAUAUUGGGAUAAGACUUAUGUUUAAUCUUACACGUAUAUUGUAAAUAAAUCGAGGUUAGAGUUU